CCGCGCGCCGCCCGCCGGGAACAUGGCGGGCCCGCCUGUGGCCACCGCCUCGCGGCCUCGGGACCCGGACGGAGCGGCGCCCAACGUGGUGGCGCGGGUCUCGCAGUGGGCGGACGACCACCUGCGCCUCGUCCGGGUACCGCAGCCGCCGGCAGGACGCGCGAACAUCAGCACCGUAAUGGCCGUAGCUGGAACAAUGUUACUUCUAAGAAGCAUCCGGAUGACAUCAAAAUUUACAAGUUCUUCAGAUAUUCCAGUAGAAUUUAUAAGAAAGAAUGUUAAACUACGUGGACGAUUACGCCGAAUAACUGAAGAUGGUUUAGAAAUUGAGCAUAUUCCCAUUACUUUACCUAUUAUAUCUUCAUGGAAAAAGGAGCCCUGUGGUGUUCUGCUGGUUAAGCUGGCAGGAGUAGAACUCACUGAAACUGGGAAGUUGUGGUUACAGGAAGAGUUGAAGCCUUCCCAACUGCUAUGGUUUCAACUUCUUGGAAAGGAGAAUUCAGCCCUCUUUUGCUAUCUUCUAGUGAAUAAGGUGGGCCCGAAGGAGAGGACAGCUACUGCUCGGUGCAUCGGGGGUACCGGGUGAGCCCCAGCUGGGACUUACCAUCGUGCAGUGUCUGGAACAUGCAAGUGCUCACGAAAUAUGUGCAGAGAGAGAGAGAGAGAGAGAGAGAGAACUCCGCCUCCGUCCCCGUUAAGCCCUUUGGUGGUUUUACCUGACUUGUUGGUGCAUCGAUUGAAAUAGAAUAUUUAUCUCCUUCGCCCGCUUGACGGAUGGGACUUGCAGAUGGUUGCUGAUUCCAUCUCAGUGUGUCCAGUACCACUGUAUUUGCAACUGAAAGCCCCGUUUUUGUACCGCCAGAAACAUCAGCUUUCAACCCAGAUUCCUAAGAAUCUGGUUCUCCAAGAAGCCCUUGAUGCCGCGCAGCACACGGGCCCGCCUCCGAGCACAGCCGUGGCUUACCCUUGCCAGCUCUCGGGCACCUUUACGGGAGUUGCCGUGAUCCUGUGUCAGGCGCCCUGGUGAUCAGGGCAGGGGUGACGGGUGGAAGUCGGGCAGCGAUUUAGAAGGGCGGCCAGGCCGUGCUGUGCCAGUAUAAUUAAUGAGAGUCAUCGCUCUGGAAGCCAGAGGAGAGUGGGGGUGGGGAAGGAGGUCUCUCACCAGUAAAUGGCAUUUAAGAAAAAUCGGUGCUUUCAUGGCCCUUUUACUGCACAGACGAGGUUAAGUCAAAGGACCGCUGUAAAGGGCCUUGGGGAACUCUCUGCACGGAGGGGGGUCCCCGAGCCGCCGCCUGGGGAAGCCAGGAGGGUUGAACCCCAGGCUUUCCAGCGGGUCUGAUUUCAACCUUGAAUUGAGCUGCCAGCAGGAGUCCCUUAUACUCCUGGAGUAGGAAAAGGGGUGAGUCCUUAAAAAAACGCCUGUAGUUUGGGUGACCCAGAGACCACCCAAAAAAGGUACUACACUAUAAGACCUGCCCAAAGAAGUGUGAAUCCCAAUCCCAUUGUUUUCCCCAGUUCCCUUGUAACGGGUGAAGGAAGGGGGUGUUAUUUGUUUUGUUUUUCUAUUGACUAUUCGGUAACCAUGGAAGGGUUUGGGUAGCCUGGAGAGGCUGCGUACUACCCACUGUCUAAUCCCUUUGUUAUCAUUCCCUGGGAUAGUCACCGGCGGGGAAAAGUAGUUCUUGUCUGGCUCCCAAACACUUAGCAGUGUGACAAUAUUUUCUUGGUUUUAGUUAGUGAUUUUUCUCUGAUUGAUGGUGUUUAAAAAAAAAAACCUCAGAGGGAGAAGCUACAUGAAAAGAUUUAUGGAUAUCUUCAUGUGUCUUCAACACUUAAGACCAUGAUUAAGUAUGAUUCACACGAAGGGAGGGAGAAGGGCCAGCAGAUGGGGUUUGGGCUGUUUUCUCCAAUGCUCGAUUUGAAAAAGAAGGGGUGGGGAGCGGGAGUGUUGGGUGGUAUUUGCCUCGAUUUCGGUAGGUCUGAAGUAUUGCCUAGAGAGAAAGUUUUGAAGCUCGUAAAAUUGCGGACAUCGAUUAACACUUUCAAAAUAAAGACUCUGACAAACAA